GAGAGAGAUAUAGAGAGAGAGAGACGACGACGAGAAGGAGGAGGAGCACUGCAACAAUGGCGGAGGAGGAGAGCGCAAGGGAGGAGGAGAAGAGUAGGGUUCUGGUGAUCGGGGCGACGGGGAGGCUCGGGCGCGAGCUGGUGCGCGCGAGCGCCGCGGCGUCGCACCCCACCUUCGCCCUCGUGCGCGGCGCCUCCGCCGAGGACGACGACGACACCGAGAGAUCCCUCCUCCUCCGAUCCUUCCGAACCCUAGGCGUCACCCUCAUCAAGGGUUCUUUAGAAGAUCUUCAGAGCUUAAUUGCCGCCGUCGAGAAAGUAGAUGUUGUCAUCUGUGCAGUGCCAUCAAAGCAAGCCCUCGAGCAGAAGCUUCUCAUUCGAGCUAUAAAAGAAGCUGGAUGCAUCAAGAGGUUUAUUCCGUCAGAAUUCGGAGCUGAUCCGACGAAGGUUCAAAUCCUUGGCAUGGACUACGGCUUUUACGAAAGGAAGGCCGAAAUUCGGCGCUGCGUAGAGAGCGAAGGCAUUCCUUACACCUACAUAUGCUGCAACUUCCUUGCGCGAUACUUGCUCCCGUCGCUGGUCCAACCCGGUCUAGAGGCUCCUCCACGCGACGAAAUAAAGAUCUUCGGCAGCGGAAAUGUUAAAGCUGUGUUCGUUACGGAUCGUGAUGUUGCUAACUAUACCAUUUGUACUAUCGACGAUCCGAGGACGCUGAACAAGACAUUAUAUUUGAGACCACCUGGGAACGUCUACUCGAUGAAUGAGUUAGUCGAGAUUUGGGAGAAGAAACUCAACAAGGAGCUUCGAAAGGUUCGCGUCUCGGAGGAGCAGCUCCUUGAAAGCAUUCGCGAACUGCAGAUACGCCGUUCCCGCGAAACAUGGAUUUGGUGUUUGUGUACUCCGCUUUCGUGAAGGGCGACCACACGUACUUCGACGUCGACUCAUCGGGCUUCGACGGGACUCGAUUAUACCCUCAUGUGAAGCACACCACUGUGAGUGAGUGUCUAGACACACUUGUCUAAGAAAUUCCAUGUAAUCUGCUGUGAUGUUACUAAUGAUUCAUCUUUAGCAUGUAAUUGAUGAUUUGAAACAUCAUUGUGUGCAACUCUGGGACCUUCAGUGGAGAGAGUAAAAGUAAAAAAUACUGCUUCUGCUUCUCGUAAAAGCGCGAAAAUUCUACACGGCUUUUGAAAAGCGAUUCUCCUGUGCAAUAAAAAAUGAGAAAACUUUAAAUACCA